CCGACCAUUCUAGCGCAGCGCGCCUUCCAAGUUGGCUGUGGUGCGGCGGUGACGUCAUAUCGCUUCGCACGUGGUCGCGGAUGCAUCAAGCGGGCCGCGUAUCGUCGUCUUAAAUCGCGAUGGCAGCCCGCGUAUUGUGGUCGGUGGUCCUCCUCCAGGGUUUGUGUUGGGGGCUCGCGGUCGGCGGCAGUUGCCGUGAGGCGAAGUUGUGUUGCACGGGACGCGACUCUUCCUGCGUCGUCCAGAAAGCGCCCGUGAACGCCAUCAUCGAAGACCUGAGCGACAAGCCGUGCUAUUGCGACCACGCUUGUCUCAAGCUCGGCGACUGCUGUCCGGAUUUCAAGGACGCUUGCGGAGUGGUAGACUGUCAGGUUACCUCGUGGGGUCCGUGGUCGGCUUGCGAUGCCGAUUGUGGUCCGGGCACGAUGUCGAGGUCUCGGUCCAUCCAAACCCAGCCCCAAAACGGCGGACGCCACUGUCCCAGUUUAGAACAGAGACGCGGGUGUCAGGUGUCCACGUGUCACCAUCACCCCGACCCGGCCAUAAAAGAGAUCGCUAUGCUUCUGCCCGGCUCGCUCUCCCAUAGCAGGACCGCCAACACAACCAGCGACAUCAGAAAAAACCUACGGGUGAGGGAUCCCUCCGAGAAUCCCCAGUACGACCCGAAAAAAACGUAUUGCGUGGAGUUUGAGAUUUUGAAGGCUUCCAAGGCUUGCAGGAAGGAAGACAGCUACAAGGCACUUAAAGAAGGCGAAAGGGUAUGCGUGCGCUGCGAGUCGGAAGCCUUACACGAAAAUUUAGGAUGGAGAUGUCAAGGGCACGGCGUUGAGGGUAGAAUAACACGGUGGUCAGCCCUGUCGGCGCCCCACUGCCACGGCAAAUGGUUGCGAGCUAGGGCGGAGCCCGACAGGACAUGCACGGACAGGACGUGCAAGGACCAAAACGCCGCUUUUAUUUUCGUCUAGAGUAGUUUUUUCCGAAGAUGUGUGAUUAUAUGGACAUUCAAUUGAUCAGGUUGUCACAAAUUUCGGUAUUAAAUCGCCGCUAACGAGUAAUGUCCUUUCCCCCUCUUAUGUGGUGGUAUUUUUUACUGGGCCAGUUUGGGAAGUUUGCGCUGGAGGAGGUGAAUUGGUAGAACCAGUUUUCGUUUAGUUUUACAUGUUUUCGACUGACUUGUUUUAUUGAAUUGACUGACUGAACUGGCAUUUUAUUUUGUAUUUUAUACCAUUUCGUUCAUGUUUUUCUUAUGUUUGUGAUGACCGCAACAUAACUGCGUGCAAUUUAACGGAAACUAACCAAACCAUGUUUAUACUAACCGUCAUGGAAGAAUGUAAUAAUAAUAGUAAUAUUCGUGAGUUUAUGUUGUAGAAUGUGUGUCUUAGGCUCUAUAAAUAAUUAUUAUGGUUAUCAGUAGCGUUUAAUAACUGAUAUUUUUACUAACCGAUAAUGUAAAUAUACAAAAGUAUUUUUUCUGUAGUUUACUGUAACGUAUAUUUUGUCAAAACAUAUCACGAGGAUACAAACACAAAUUUAUGUAAUUGUUAAU